CGCGCAGAACCGACCGCACCGACAAGCCCUACGCUGCUAAUGGGGCGGAUCUCCCUUCAGCUUUUCCGCAAGUCUCGCCAACAGGACUACAAUGCUCCGGUGGAUGUCGACCCAGAGUAUAGGAGUCCCUUGUCAGAAGCCGGCCCGAGCCCGCAGCCCGUGUCCUCGCCGGUCCACCGCCGCGGCAGCACCAUGCCCGACGCAGCGCAGCCAUGGUCGAAGCGCGCGCGCAACUGCCUGUCCGAGAACCUGCUGACGCUGCUCACGCUGCUCGGCGUCACCGCGGGCGUGGUGCUCGGGGUGAUCCUGCGCAACUCCCGGGAGGGCGAAUGGCCGCCGCGUGAGGUGAUGUACGUCACCUUCGUGGGCGACGUCUUCCUGCAGAUGCUCAAGUCGCUCAUCUUGCCGCUCAUCGUGUCGUCGAUCAUCACCGCCAUCGGCUCCUUGGACUUGUCUGUCUCCGGGAAAAUCGGCGGGCGUGCCGUGGCCUACUACCUAGCAACGACCAUCUCGGCGGUGACGCUCGGCAUCAUCCUGUCCUCCACUAUUCGCCCCGGCCGCAACUACGUCGCUGACGACAACCUCAACCCCCAAAAGAAUGAGACGCGCAACAUCCUCACGGUGGACACGCUCAUGGAUCUCGUAAGGAAUAUGUUCCCUCCGAAUUUGGUCCAGGCUUGUAUUCAACAGUAUCAAACUGUUCUGGAGCAUCCUAACGAAGACCUCAGCAAACCGAAUGCAGUACUGCCCGAAAUUCCUCUGACGUCAUGGAAAAUCACCAGCAGAUGGACGGACAACAUGAACAUCAUGGGCCUCGUGGUGUUUGCCGUAGUGUUUGGAAUCACUAUCAGUAAAAUGGGAAAUGCUGGAAAACCUCUUCUUCACUUCUUCACUGCUUUGGGAUCUGCCAUGAUGAUGAUCACCCAAUGGGUGAUUUGGAUUUCUCCCAUCGGUGUAUUGUUCCUGAUAGCAGGCAAAAUCCUUGAAAUGAAAAGUUUUGAACAGUUGGUGGGUCAACUGGGUAUGUACUUUCUUACCGUGAUGCUCGGACUCAUCAUUCAUGGGUUUAUAAUCACUCCGUUCUACUUCACCCUGGCGACCAAAACUCUUCCAUUCAAGUUCAUCGCUAACAUGGCAGAAGCUCUCAUCACCGCCUUCGGUACAGCUUCCAGUAAUGCUACGUUACCGAUAUCUAUGAGAUGUCUGGAAGAGAAGAACAAAGUGAAUCCUCGAGUUUCCCGGUUUGUCCUCCCCAUUGGCGCAACUAUCAACAUGGAUGGAACUGCUUUGUAUGAAGCUGUCGCUGCGAUCUUCAUUUCACAAGUUCGAGAAGUGCCUCUCAGCAUUGGUCAACUACUUGCUGUGAGCAUUACGUCUACUGCUGCUAGUAUUGGUGCUGCAGGCAUUCCACAAGCAGGCCUCGUCACCAUGGUCAUGGUCCUGGACACUGUCGGUUUACCUUCGGAAGAUGUCACACUCAUCAUUGCUGUUGAUUGGCUGCUUGAUCGAUUCCGCACAACUAUAAACGUCCUAGGAGACUCUCUAGGAGCAGGAAUUGUAGAUCAUUUCAGCCGGAAAGAAUUAGAAAAUGUUGAUCAACUGGCAGUAGUAGAGGCAGCAGACAAGCAGGAUCCUCACAAUGGGAAACUCAACCCUGAAGAGGUGGACUGGCACACAACAGCCAUGUGAACUUCCAUAUUAUUAGAUCUUAUAAUUUUUUUUAUUUUUAUUUUUAUUUUAAUUAUUAUUAUUAUAAUUAUGUAUCAUAUUUGAUAUGACUUUCUUUUAAGUUACAAUGCCUGUGACUAUACUGUCUCGUAUGAAGUGAGUAAUUCACUUCUAUCUGCACAUUUGUGUGGUCUGACCUGAGUGAACUAACUUGCAGGAAGAAAAAUGAGCUACGGGCUGAGGCAUCUUCCACCACUGGGCAAUGAGCUUCAUAACAAUCUGCUCCAACAACCACAUCUGAAUGCUAAUUUAUUAAUGCUGCAUGUACUUAGCUCAUACUAAAAAUUACAUCAAAGCCUGUAACCCAUGAUAUUCUGCUUCCAAGAUGCAAGAUGGUCUCUACUCAAAUUCUUCCUCUUUUAAAUCUCCUCCUAUGUUUUGUGUUAACCUGUGAUGAUGAUGUCAAUGUCUUUCUUAAAGACCAUAGACAACAGGUGGAACAUAUAGGUAUGAACUUUUUGCUGUUUGAAACAGCUAGAAUAUGUAAGUUGAGUCUGAUGUCAAAUGUGUUUUGCUGUUAAGAUGCUAAAUAUUUUUAGUAAUGAUAAGUAGUUGGUAGUUCACUGCUUGAAGUAGACAAAAUGUAUUCUCGUAUUUACAUAUAGAUUCUGUUCAGUAUCAGAAUCAAUUAUGACACCUUUCUUUCUUAGUGUGACUCAAUGAUAGAAAAAGAAAUUACAUGAAAUGUUUUACCUCAGUGUAGAAUGAAUGUGAAACUUUUUGUUUACUGUGAAAUACUAGUGCGGUAUUAUUAAGUAAUAAAAUAUGUUCCUCAGAAUAUUGUGGCAGAGAUCAACUGUAUAAAAAACUUCUUGCAUUUUGACAAAAAUAUCCCGUACUCUCAUAUAGCUAAUAACCAACAAAGAUGUGCAAAAAUUUGUUUUCAUACUUCAUCAGAAAUUCUUAGCAUUACAAAUUAUUGCAGAUGAUUUCAGUUGUUGUUUGUUUGUUUUUUUCAUACAAUAUAUAUGAAUUUGAGAGUGUGAAAGUUAUCACACCCAUUAAUAUUUUAUUUCUCUUUGCUUCCUAAUGGGUUUCCUGCAUGUAAUACAAGCAUUCCCAACCUUUGGUGAUUAUAAUGAAUCUAUCAAUGAUCUACACUGCCCAGAGUGUUCUUUCAUUUAUGACCCUUCUCUACCUAACAAAAAAUAUUUCAAUUAAUCUAUUUCAUCCAUUUAACUCCUCUUUCCAAUGCAUGAACAUGCAAACAUGUGUGCCACAAUAUUCUGUAAUCUUAUGUCACAGUAUUCUUCCCACAUUUUUUCUCAUUUGUUAUACAAAUAAUGCUUAUUUUAUAUUUUCAUAUUAACAAGUGUUGCUUAGUUUUAAGGACAAUUUUCAAUCAGAAUAUGUUUCCUUUAACACAAAAAUUCAAUGCAAUUAUGAAUUAUCAUCGAAAACAAAUUGUAUUAAUGUUUCAGUCAUCAUAUAUAAUUCCUGGAAAAUGGUAAUAUUUAGAUAUUAUAUAACAAAAUUUUCUGCAUUAAUUUUCAGGUAGAAUGUUAACUGUAAAGAAAAAUGUUUAUUAUUGUGCAUUUUCAUUGAUCUGUAAAAAAAUGUAAGAGUUAAGGAAAAAGUUAAAAUUAAAAAAACUGUUUUGUAAGCAUGAUUGCUCAGAAAAUCUGUAGGUAAAAGCUCAAGCUCUGCUACUAAAGCAUAUAUGUGCAGUAUUCCAAAUACUCCUAGAUGUUUUAAGUUAGAUGUAGAUGUGUAGUUCAAAAACUGACAUUACAUGAAAUGAUUUACUGAUGUUUAAAUUUAAAUGUGAUUUUCUAUAAUUACUGUAAUGACACUAUCUUGCAUGUCUUCCAAUGUACUUGUACUCUUUCUUGUUCUUUUCAAUGUGUACAAUUAUAUCUCAAAGCAUUAAUAUUAUUUAUAUGCAAAAUCUCAAAGAUGCACAAAGUUAACAAACGAAAGAAUUGUGUUAAAUAUAUGCUGAAAAGUACAGAAGGAAAUCAAUUUUCAGUAGGAAUGUCACUGGUUCGAAUAGCUGGAUCUGGCUCCCAAUUCAAAAUAAAUAGUUAAAGCUUAUAUUUAUACAUUUAUUGGUUUGAUGUUGAUUUACUUUCUGCACUGCAUUAGAAGGAAAUUAGAGUUCACACAAUCACUUUCAAAAUGUGAUUCCAAAUUCUAUAAACCUUUGUACUAACGUGUGAACACACAUUCCCAAUAAAGAAUCAGACAGGGAUCAAGUCAGAUGAAGACAGAAAAUCAUGAGCACUCCAUGUAAUGUAUGUCCAUGCUAUGAACAGGGAAACAGACUCUGGAGAGUAAGUCAAUACAUACUUGUACAUAGAGCUAUGUAAAAUGCGCGAGUCCUAUUAAAAUAGUCAUAAAAAUAAUUAACAUAUAUGAUACAAGAUGUUUGGUCUAGGACUAAUAUAAUUUAAUUUUUUAAAGUCGUUGGAAUAAACAUAAUUUGUACUUCAUCCUUGAACAUCUUAGUUUUAACAGGAAGCACAAAUUAAUAAAGUACAUGCUUUGAAGAAUUUUCAGUAAAUUGGUGUAAACUGUGAUCAACAAAAUAGAGCUCAACUUUUCAUCUGCUGCGAAUAAAUAACUGUAUUUCAUCUCAUCUACAAAGUGUAAAAAAAGACCAUGAUAUUGUAAGACACUUAAUAAAAUAGCAUGUAUUUGAGUGCUUGAAAACAAAUUCAAUAGGAUAUUUUGUAAACAAUUUUUUUUCUAUAAACAUUUUAUGAGAUGAUUAUUGUAAAAACAUUUAUUGAAAUUAAAAUUGAGAUCUUACCAUGCUGACCACAGAACUUAAUUACAAUUAGAAAUAUUCCAAUUGAAUAAUUACAUAUAACAAUAGAUUUAAUUAAAUUUGCAUACUGAACAUGGUUUGUCUACAGAUAUACAUUUUCAGU